AUGUAUCCAUUUUCUCUGCGAGCAUGGCCUUUAUGGCUUGUGGUCUGGGCCGUAAAGGCAGCUCUCCCAGACUUGGAACCAGACCCAUCAUAUGCGCGAGCAUGUCCGGAUUAUAAGAGAUACUCUACGUUCCAACAUCGACCCUUCUCAGAAGGGCCAAUGGAGCUACCCUUCCAACGGCCGUCGAUACAUUGCCGGACGUUUACAUCCGCUUCUGUGGAGAAGGUUAUUGAAUAUAUGACAGAGAAGAUGGUAGACAAGGAUUUGGCACGAUUGUUCGAGAACGCCUUUCCAAACACCUUGGAUACGACUGUUCGAUGGCAUGUGGAUGGGGAAGCGACACACACAGAACUCAAGACAAGAAGCUCUGUUGAUGGAAAAUGGGGAGGCGCACAAUCUUUUGUUGUUACGGGAGACAUCAAUGCUGAAUGGCUACGAGAUUCAACAAAUCAACUGCUCCAGUAUCAGCCAUUGGCGAAGAAGGACAAGAAGAUUUUCAAAUUAAUAUUGGGAGCGAUCAAUACCCAGGCGGAAUAUGUUAUCGAGUCGCCAUACUGCAACGCAUUUCAGCCACCCGCACCUUCGAAAUUGUCAGCUACACAAAAUGGCCAAGACGAUGUCGUUCAUCCAGCAUAUGAGCCUUCUUUUGUAUUCGAAUGUAAGUACGAGCUAGACUCACUUGCGCAUUUUCUCGCUCUAGGCAACACGUUCUACAAUCAUACUGGCUCCUUCGAGUUUCUCACCCCACGCUGGUAUAAAGCAUUGGAUACACUUCUCGAGGUACUCGACCAACAAUCUCAAUCUACCUUCGACUCCGAGACUGGGAGAUUUGAGCGCAAUGCCUACACUUUCAGGCGACGGACCGACCAAGGAACUGAGACGCUCCCACUAUCCGGAGUUGGAAACCCUCUGAACUAUGGCACCGGCCUGAUUCGCAGUGCAUUCAGACCCAGUGACGACGCUACUAUCCUGGGCUUUUACAUUCCCGCCAACGCUCAAAUGGCUGUCGAACUCAAGAAGACUGCCGAUAUUCUUACUGCCGCAAAGAAUGUUGGCACAUCGCAGUUGCUGAAGAAGCGUGCACAGAGUAUUACAGAUGGGAUCUGGCAGCAUGGAGUUGUAGCGCACAAGAACUACGGCCGAGUAUUCGCUUAUGAAGUCGACGGUUACGGCUCACAGAUCCUAAUGGAUGAUGCAAACGUGCCGUCGUUGCUAGCCCUGCCCAUCAUGGGCUUUCUCGAUCGCACUGACCCAGUAUAUCAAAACACACGGAAAAUGCUGCUCAACAAAGCAGGAAAUCCGUAUUAUCUCGAAGGAAGAGCGUUUCAAGGUAUUGGAGGUCCGCAUAUCGGUCUCGAACACGCCUGGCCCAUGAGUUUACUCUUGCAAGCCAUGACAUCGGAUGAUGACAAGGAGAUUAUGGGGUGUGUGAAUAUGGUGCUUGCUGCUAGUGGGCUAGGACUGGUUCAUGAGUCGAUUAAUGUGAACCAGGUUCAUGAUUAUACCAGGAGUUGGUUCGCUUGGGCAAACAGUGUCUUUGCUCAAACCAUCUUGGAUCUCGCCAAGAGAAAGCCACAUCUAAUAUUUGGCCCUGGUGCAGAACCCUACACACUGGACUAA